AUGUUGCAGAAGGCUUUCGGUGAAUCGACUAUGUCGCAGAAAAAUGUUUACAAGUGGUACAAAGACUUCAGUGAAGGUAGAGAACGUGUUGAUGACUUGGAACGUCCCGGACGACCAUCAACGUCAACUAAUCAGCAACACGUCAAAAAAAUUAAGGAAUUGGUGCUCGAAAAUCGUCGAUUGUCAAUAAGAGACCUUGUCGAGAUGGUUGGCAUUUCAAUUGGAUCCGUUCAAACAAUUUUGAAAGAUCAUUUGGGCCUUAGAAAAGUCAAAUCUCGUUUGGUGCCAAUUUUGCAUCACGAUAAUGCGCCGUCUCACACGGCAUUGAUUCUUCGUGAGUUUUUCGCCAAAAAUUCCACACAUAUCGUUCCGCAACCGCCUUAUUCACCUGACUUAGCUCCGUGUGACUUUUGGCUAUUUCCCAAACUCAAAAGACCGCUCCGGGGACACCGUUUUGAAUCUAUUGAAGAGAUUAAACGUGAAUCGCUGCGCGCUCUGAAGGCUAUACCGAUAAACGACUUUUUGGCAUGCUUCGAGGAAUGGAAAAAACGUUGGCAUAAGUGCAUUGUAUCGGAGGGGGAAUACUUCGAAGGGGAUGAAAUUGAUUUGGAGGAAUAAAUAAAG